AUGGCUGCGGUUGCUGUUGCUCGGGCAUCCGCAACUUUCAGCACGGCAUCGCUAUAUGUCGGUGAUCUGCAUCCAGAAGUCUGUGAGCAACACUUAUUUGAAAAGUUCAGCACUGCAGGAUCUGUUCUUUCUAUACGCGUUUGCCGUGAUGCUAUUACGCGUCGAUCGUUAGGGUAUGCGUAUGUCAACUUCCAGCAAACUGCUGACGCGGAACGAGCACUUGAGACACUUAACUUUGAUCUUCUUUUUGGAAGGCCAAUGAGGAUAAUGUGGUGUCAACGUGAUCCUUCUUUACGUCGUUCUGCUUCGAGUAAUAUAUUUAUCAAAAAUCUAGAUAAAUCAAUUGAUAAUAAAUCAAUAUAUGACACAUUCUCGAUGUUUGGGAACAUACUUAGCUGCAAGGUUGCUACCGAUAGCGAAGGUAACAGUAAGGGUUACGCUUUUGUGCAUUUUGAAACGGAAGACUCGGCAAUUCAAGCCAUUGAAAAAGUGAAUGGAAUGUUACUUGAAAAGAAAAAAGUUUACGUUGGCAAGUUCGUUCCUCGUGCUACACGGGCGCUUCAGCUCGGCGAGGAAGGUCGGAAGUUCACAAAUGUUUUCGUGAAAAAUUUUGCAGACGAAUUGGAUAAAUUCAAGCUACAGGAACUUUUUAGCAAAUUUGGCCAAAUCACUAGUGCAGUCGUGAUGUAUAAUGAUGAUGGAAAGUCUAAAGGGUUUGGCUUUGUAGCUUUCAAGAGACCUGAAGACGCAAUGAAGGCAGUGAAAGAGAUGCAAGAUUAUGAAUUAUCCCCUGGUCGAAAAUUGAGUGUUUGUCGCGCGUUAAAGAAAGAAGAACGUUCUGCCGAACUAAGGAAGAAAUUUGAAGUUUCUAAAGCUGGUAGCCAGCAACAGUUUCAAGGAGUGAAUCUCUACGUGAAAAAUAUUGAUGAUUCUUUUACUGAUGAAAAACUUCGUGAAGAGUUUGAAAAGUUUGGGAAAAUUACAAGUGUGAAAGUUAUGCUUGAUGAUUACGGCCGCUCAAAGGGAUUUGGUUUUGUUUGCUUUGAAAAUGCAGACAGUGCUUCAAAGGCAAUUGACUCUUUAAACGGAAGAAUGAUUGGUUCAAAACCGCUUUAUGUUGGUAGAGCUCAAAGGAAAGCAGAGCGAAAAGCUCAGUUGGCUUCUGUAUUUAUGCAAAACAUUGCUUCUGUCCGUUUCCGUGGCAGUGGUGUACCCAAUCCCGUUUGUGCUCCUGGGAGCACUCCUUUAUAUGUGGCGCCUCAUGUUUCAAACCAGCGGUCGGCUCCUCUACUUGCCUCCGUGCCACCACAACUGCGAACCUUCCCACAAAGGUGGGGUGCAAUGGGUGCUUCCUCAAGCCAUAUUGGUGUAACACCGCAGUAUAUCGUCCAUGGUUAUGGACAACUUGGACGAGCAGUCGACACCGCUCAUACUUUUGCGCCAGAGGAAAGUUUAUUGACCAACCAGAACUACAUAAACGACUUUAGAUCUCGCUUUUCAGCUGCCAGCAGCAAUAUCUUUCAGCAACAAAAACAAAUUCUUGGCGAACGUCUUUAUCCCUUAGUGGGCCGUUACCAACCAGGGCCGGAUCAGGGUAAAAUCACUGGUAUGAUGUUGGAUAUGGAACCCUCAGAACUAUUAAUGCUAUUGGAAAAUGAAGAGGAACUUAGAGCCAAAGUUGCUGAGGCGGUCAGUGUCCUUAAUCAGGCGAAAGCCGAAUCUGUGCAUCAAUGA